GAAAUUAUUCAGGAUCAGAUUCAGGAUAUUCCGAUAUUGAAUUACAUCAAUUUUGAAUAUUGAAUUUAUAGAUGAACUACGAUUGACGAUAAACCUAUUCGCUGUUACCUUGUGAAUUUACGUUUAAAAUUUAAUUAUAUAACAUAAACAAUUGAAUUGUAUUUUUAAUUUUAAUAAUUUUUAAAAAUUUUUGUAUGAAAAUCGAAUCAAUUGAUUAAAAUGACAAGACAUGCUAGAAAUUGUACAGCAGGCGCUGUUUACACAUAUCAUGAAAAACAAAAAGACGCUUCCCAGUCUGGUUAUGGAACACAAAAUGAACGUGUCGGUAAAGAUUCCAUUAAGAACUUUGACUGUUGUUCAAUGACAUUACAACCUUGCAGAACUCCAAUUGUUUCCCCUGAAGGUCAUCUAUUCGAUAAAGAAGCUUUAUUGCAAUAUAUGAUUACCAAAAAAAAUGAGUACUGUCGAAAAUUAAAGGAAUACGAAAAACAGAAACACAAGCAAGAAGAAGAAUUAGCUGAAUUAGGGAGAGCUGAACAGCAAUCCAAAGUCAAUGAUUUUCUUAAAAGAGAAAGUAUGGUGAAAAGACAAAAUGAUAUUUACAAAAUGAAAUCUCAGAAACGAUCAGAAAAAAAUGUAUCAUCUAUUUCAAACAUGGUUAAUGGUUUGGAUAAGCAUUUGCCAAGCUUUUGGGUACCAUCGGAAACACCAGAUGCUAAUAAAGCGCCUAUGCAAAAACCAGAUAAAACUAUUUAUUGUCCAAUGAGUGGCAAACCAUUGAAAUUAAAAAACUUUGUGGAUGUAAAAUGGACACUAGUAAAUGAUCCUAGUGAUAAAAAAUCAUUGGCAGUUCGUGAAAAUCGUUACAUGUGUGCAGUGACUCAUGACAUACUAAGUAAUGCUGUACCUGCAGCCGUUAUUCGUACAACUGGUCAUGUGAUUACUAUGGAAUGUUUUGAGAAGUUAAUUAAAAAAGAUUGGCUACAUCCUUUGAAUGGAGAAAAAUUAACAGAAAAAGAUAUUAUACCUUUACAAAGAGGUGGAACAGGAUAUGCAACAACAAAUGUGAAUUUGCAAGGGAAAAAUGCUAGACCAGUCUUACAAGCAUAAAAACAAUAUGGAAUUGAAUAUUUACAAUUUAAAAUGAUAGUAUUGGUUUACUAUCUAUAUUUAAAUAAUACAUUUAAGUUAUCAAUUGGACAUGAAUUAAUGUAAUAUUAUGAA